AUGAUGCCAUAUCAUUAUCAGCAACAACAACAACAUCACAACUUACCUGAUAAUGUAUACAAUCAUAGUUUUCCACAACCAUACUAUGAUCAAUCAUAUUGGCAAACCAGUGGCAUGGGAGGUUUUGGUAAUGGGCAGAUAAUGCCCGUAUCAUCACCACCACCACCAUUCUAUUAUCCAUAUUCACAUAAUGUUCCUUAUGGAAUGGAUAAUAAUAAUUAUGGUCAGACAUAUACACCAUAUCGUAAUCGUAAACGAAAAUAUAAUAAGUCAAAAACACCACCUUCAUCACGUGGUAAUGUGAAAUCGACUAAAUCAUCAUCACCGACAGAUCGUCGACUUGCACAUUUCAUGCCUAAUGGUUGGAAACAGCCAACUAAUCAGCAGCAAAAGAAUAACGAUCGUAGGCAAACAGUAAAAUUGCCCGAUAAUAAGAAUCAACAACAGAAAAAAUCGAAAAAAUCACCUGAGAAAGCACAUCGUGACACUCUUCUGCGAAGACAGAGGCGUCAAAAGAAUCGUGUAGCAUAUCGAGACCAGAGUAAUGAUCUAGGUCGUUUAAGUGAUAAUCGAUUUUCUAUAUUAUCAAAUACAGAUAUAGAUACAGAUACAGAUGGAAGAAGUGAUUCAGAGGUUGCUAACCAAACACCAACCAUGAAUAAUAAUAAUAAUAAUAAUAAACAAAAAUCUAAACAACAUCAAACAAAAGAUAAUAAGAUGAAAAAUACCACCAUAGAAGUUCUUACUAAUAGAGAACAUAUAGGUGAUAAUCGAAAUCGACUUCGUCAAACGAAGACUCGAAAUACACCUGAAUCCGAAAUAGAUGAUGAUUUCGAAGAAUCGAAAGAAAAUGAACAAUUACCGACUAAAUCUAAAGAUAAACAUAAGAUAAAAAUCUACUUACAAGAUUUCAAAAUCUUUGCUUUUCUUAAAGAUCGGUUGAGUAAAUGUCGUUCACUGAAAAUUGAUUUAAAUAAUGAAAUUUGUACCUAUGCGAAAAAUACCAUUGAAACAUAUGAUACAUGGGUCUACAAUCAUUAUGAAGUCCAAGUUUGGCAACGCUUUUAUAAGCUUGGAAAACAAAAAGAUCAUUGGGCAAAAGAAAUUGUCGAUAUAACACAUACACGGGAGGCUAAAGAAAAUCUUGUCUUAUGUGAAAAAAGGAUCGAAAAAUUCACAUCAGCAUGUGUAGAUGCAAAUAAUAUUAUUGAGCAACACAUGAAAAAGAUAUUAAAUGCCACUGUAGCACAAAAGAUACAUGAUCUAAUGUUAGAUUAUAUUAAAGAAGCAACCCAAAGCUUGGCAAAAACGAGCACUAAUCGUGUACGACGAGCUACUCUUGAAAAAGAAGAAUGGGAUGCUUUAAAGGCAUUUGAAAAUGUUGCUACAGAGCAACAAAAAACAUAUGCCACAACAUUUUGUAAACCAGUAUUAAAAUCUUAUCAAAAAAAGAAUAAGAAAUUUGAAGUAAUUUCUGCACACUUAACGUAUGAUGUAAUACCAAAAAUUAUACCUAAAUGUGAUAUAACCAUUCCUAUUGAUAAGAGUUCACUAUCAAGUGAACAAACUAAAGCUCAUAAAGAAGCUAUAGUAAAACUAUCAAGAGAUUUUCGCCUCGGAGCGACAGAACUCUAUGUAAGAAUUACAAAAGCAGAAUCUGACUUUCAAAAAGAAAGAUUCGAUGAGCUUCUUAGAGGUUUUCCAGCAGAUAAAGCUGAAGUAUCUCAGACACAGAUAGCCAUUAAUAACAGAUCUUCUGCCAACGAUGCACAGAUAGAUGAUGAUGAUAAUGAAAAAGAAACAAAUGUUUUUACUCAAAAACCAUCAUCAUCUGAAAAACAACAGGAAGAACAGAAUGAUCGUCAUGGUUCUCAACUAUAUAUAGAAUAUGUUGAACUGGCACUAAAAAGAAACUUACUUGAAAUAGAACGAGAAGUUCUUUUUUUAGCCGAAAGCAGCGCCGUAGAGGCGCCCUCCGUAAUACAAGUAGCACGGGAUAUAACUCCAGUAUUACGAAAGGAUUUUGUGCUCCAGGCAUAA